UGUUGGAGAACAGUCGACCCUUUGCGGCUUCCCGAAGUUGCACGCAAAGCGAUCCCGAAGGAAUCGAUAGCCGUGUUCUAGUCACGUAUCAUGGGUUAUAGUCACGGAUUGGUGCGGAUCGUGCAUUUUUUCUCCUAGUUCUAACGAGGUUGUUGCAUCCACUGUUCUUCGCGAUCAAAAAAAUCCGCACCCAUUCACUCGUGGGGGCGCAAAUUGAGGGCUGAUUUGGGUUUGGCCCUCCUUCAUUCCUCAAACUAACUGCGGCUGGAAAGCUCAUCUAGCAGCCGAAGGCAUCGUGAUGCAUAGAUAAACUCGCCUCGGAAUGCUUGCAAUCUCGAGCCUGAUGAAUGUAUGCAUGAAGAUUGCACUGUUUUGAAAACAAGGCCCGUCUGGCAAUCUGCAAUAAUCAAGCGAGUGGUGGUGGCUCCAUUCAUCCAGUCGAUGCACCAAUCUAGUUGCAGAUUUCGCGCUGAAAUGGCAUUGAUCAAACGCUUCUGCUGAACGGAUUCACGUGCUCAUUCUCGCGCCCUUAAAAUGAAACGACGCAAAGGAUUGAUGAAUGCCGGCGAAUGAAGCUGGGGUGAAAUGGCGCGGAAAAAAUCCAGGCUUUAAAGACGAAAGUGGUGAUAAUGCACAGUGGUGAUGCCCAAUCGUGCUGCAGGCUCUUCGACGGGGCACCAACAAAUCGCGCUGCUCUGGAAGACCAGACAGAAGCUGCUCAAAUGGCUCCGAUCUUACAAUCAGCAGAAUAAAAAUGGCAGUGCGGAAGGAGAAUCCGAAGUGCAACUGGACGAAGAAUGCGCCAAAGUGUUCGCCAUGGAUGGUGGAGUGUCCACAGUAUUCAACUUCAGGGACAGCAAGGAAAUGCCGCCACCCACCAAGCCCAAAUACGACGAAAAAGACUUUAAACGUAAGUCCACAGUCCACUCUAUCCACACAAUCAUUGUGUAGAGUCUGCUACAUUGU